CUGAACAUUUUCAGAAUGAGCCAGAGGAAUAACGGAGACUUGAACACUUAGUUAUAGUCACACCAAUGUCAUGAGAAUAGGCAGCUCUACUUUAAAACUAACAAUCUUUAAUACUUGGUUAUUUUAGCCAAUCUGCUGCUGUACUAUAUGAAGCUUUAGCUGCAUUAGCGACCAUGAAACAGUUGAUUCUGGUCUGAUUUAAUCAUAAAAACAGUAGAUUUUGUUCUGUCAGGAUGCUCAGAGAGCUGUACCCCUUCGUGGAGGACAGUUUUAGUCGUUUCCCCUCUCAGAGUAACAUUUAUGGUCUGUGUCAGGCCGGGGAACAUGAGCUGUUGGCGGCUACUCUGAAAGGAAAGGUGGUCUGUUUCAGGUACCAGGAGCUUCAACACAAAACCAGACCUGUGGCUAAAGAGGUUCAGUUCACCUACAUACCAGUUGAUGCUGAAAUUGUUUCGAUUGAUGCCUUUAAUAAGUCUCCACCCAACAGAGGUCUGGUGGUGGGCAUCACAUUUGUAAAGGAUUCUGGUGAUAAGGCCACACCGUUUCUGAAUAUCUACUGUGACUAUGAGCCCGGAUCAGAGUUUAACCUGGAGUCCAUCGCACAGAGCUGCCUCAAUCUGGAGCUGCAGUUCACUCCUUUCCAGCUCUAUCACACAGAAGUUCAGUGUGACGAUGGCGGCAGAGAGACGCUGUUUCUGCUCAGUGGACACGACCAGAGGAUCCACCUUUACAAGGAGAACGCCUCCCUGCACCAGUUUGAGGAGCAGCCGGUGGAGCGACUCUUUCCUGAACUACAGCAACUGCCCAGCAAUGUACUCUGGUUGGAUGUGCUGAGUAUUUCUGGUGGUCGACGCCUCUCUGCAUUUGGCUGUCAGAAUGGCUGCGUUGGAUUGGCUGUGGUCAACCAGACAGGACCAGAGGUUUUGCAGAGUUGGAGGUUCCAGUUUGACAGUCCAAUCUCUUCAGUCCUGCUGUUCCCUCUGAGCUGCCGAAUGGAGCCAGACCAGUCUGAAGGACAGAAAAGUGUGGAGAUAGAGAGCUACAACCUGCUGGUAACCAGUGCCAUAGAGAUGGCUGUGGUCUACAGAGACGUGCAGGAUCGAGGUUUGUCGUGUCCAGUGUGUCUCUCAGAGAGCGAUCAGUGGGACGCUGUGCUCUGUGCUCUGGUCAUCGAUCUGGACUUUGACGGGCAGAAGGAGGUGCUGUUGGGAACAUAUGGGCAGGAGCUUCUGUGUUAUAAAUUCCAGCCAGCAGGGAGCGGAGUAGACGGACAGUUUCAGCUGCAGUGGAGGCGGAGCUUCAAGAGUCCUCUGCUGUCCAUCAUCUACUUAGACCUGACGGGGGACGGGCUGAGAGAGCUGGCCGUCCUCACUCUGAAGGGGCUGCAUAUCCUACAGCACUCCCUCACCUGCACGGCUGAUCUGGUCCUGGAGCGGCUCGCCCGCCGAGUGUCAGCGCUGACAGCCAGCUCUGAUCAGGAUUCAGCUAAAACGCAAGACUGUGAGAAGACAGACGCUGCUGCCACGAUAGAAGGGAGUACAGAUCAGAUGACAUCUAAUUAAGGACAGCGUGUUUGCAUGAGGAAGUCCCAUUGGAACAGAGUGACAGGAUUGUGUUAUUUACAUGUGUGACGUGAAGGAUUGUCUCAGGAUGAACACUUUAAUGUGGCGCUGAUGACAGACACUAAACAGCAACACCCCUCUGCUCUGCCGCUGACCGAAGGUAAAAUUUACUUUACAUGAAGCUCUGAUGAGCUGAAGGUGGAGCUCACUCAUUUCAAGACAAUAAACUUUUGUCCAUACCUGUUUUCUUAAUCGUUGUGUAUUGAUUAUCAGUGUUUUACUGUGGUAAAAGACACACAAUCUUAAUGUUGAAACAAGGCAGAAGAAGAACACAAAAAAGAGAAAAGAACAUCCAGUUUAACCCCCGCCUACAGGCUCAACCUCUGUGUUUUUGCAUCUGUUCAAGCUUCAGUGUCAAAGAAAUAAUUUAGUUUAUUUCAGUUCACUUGCAACUGAAAUUCUUUUUGGAAACUCUUGAUGCCAUGUCCUGUGGAUUACAGAGGAGAGGGACCAUCCAGCUUGAGAUCAGAGCACAGUUCAAAAACCUGCAUCUCUGAUGGUAUGGAUAGGGCCUAUGGUGUAAGCAGCUUGCACAUGGAUAGCUAUGGUGCAUCAUAAGACGAAAAAGCCGGCAAAGAAGACUCUGGAAUUUUGAGCUGCUAGAAUCCAACAUCAGACAAGAACGAGGCAACAUUCCUCUCCCAAAAUUCCGGCAACUGAUCUCACUUCCAAGAUAUUUAUGGACUGUUGUUAAAAGAAGAGUGGAUGCUACACUAUGAUAGAGCAGUGUCCCUUCUUUUUUUGAGAUGUGUUGUUGCCAUCAAAAUCAGAAUGAGCAAAUAGUAAUACUGUUCUGUUGUGAAUAAAAUAUGGGUUUAUGCGA